AUGGCGAGCAAGUGUGUGUCUGUUGUUAUGUUGUUUGCUGUUGUGCUGAGCUUCACCCAGUCAGUACAAGGAAGGAAGUUACUCAAGUUAGAGGAACCUCAUCACAAGGAUGGUGGUGGUGAACAAGUUGAAAAGCCACUCUGGUUUUAUGAUAGCAAUCCGAGUGGGGCUGGUUCUGUAGGUGGGAAAGGGUAUGGUUUUGGCCAUUCUUUCAGUUUCGGCAAGGGAUCAUAUGGUUAUAGUUAUGGUACUUCUGGGAAACCUGGCGUUGGUUUUGGAAAACCUGAUUGUAUCGGGAAAGGUGGAGGAGCCAGAGGAAUUGGUGGAGGUGGUGGAAAGCUACGCAAGAAGAAAGAAAAGGAGCACCAUCAACAUAAAGGAAGUGGGGGUGGUAUUGGAGGCGCUAGAGGGGGAGGCAUCAGAAAAGGAGGCGGUGUUGGUGGAAGCAUUGGACAUGGAGGGAAAGGUAGCAAAGGUGGUAUUGGUGAAGGGACAAGGAGAGGAGUUGGGGGCGGUGCUGGUGGAGGCGUAGGGGGCGGUGCUGGCAGAGGCGUAGGGGGAGGUGCUGGCGGUGGUGUAGGGGGAGGUGCUGGCGGUGGUGUAGGGGGCGGUGCUGGCGGAGGUGUAGGGGGCGGUGCUGGCGGAGGAGUUGGGGGCGGUGCUGGCGGAGGCGUAGGGGGCGGUGCUGGUGGAGGCUUUGGAGGAGGUGCUGGUGGUGGCGUUGGAGGAGGUGCUGGUGGCGGCGUUGGGGGCGGUGCUGGUGGAGGCGUUGGGGGCGGUGCUGGUGGCGGCUUCGGGGGCGGUGCUGGUGGAGGCGUUGGGGGCGGUGCUGGUGGAGGCUUCGGGGGCGGUGCUGGUGGAGGCUUCGGAGGUGGAGUUGGUGGAGGCUUCGGGGGCGGUGCUGGUGGCGGAUUUGGAGGAGGAGGCGAUGGUGGAAUUGGAAAUGGCGGAGGCGCUGGUGGUGGAUUUGGAGGAGGGAUAGGCGGUGGAGGUAGUGGUGGAGGAUUUGGUGGUGGUGGUGGGGGAGGAUUUGGUGGUGUAGGAGGAGGAUUUGGCGGUGGUUUAGGUGGCGGAGGACAUCACUAA